CUCUCUCCGAGAAAACCAUUCCUUCUUUUGUUUGUUAUUGAGAGGAAAGAACAUUGGGUUUGUUUUCCAAACCUUCAACUUGAAAGCAAGCAGAAACCCUGUUUCUUUGCUUCCUUUCUUGUUAAUAACCCAAACCCAUCUCCAUUGUUACCUUGUUGUUGAUCAUCGAAAGGUUUUUGCAUGUGUGUUUACGUCUGUUUUGGUGCAAAGCAAAAGGACAGAGCAGAGAGUGCUCUAGAUAUGGAUAGGGAGGGUGGAAAAUGAAAGAAUCAGCUGUUUCUUACAUGUGUUUGUUUGCGUUAGUAUAGCAUGUGCAGUGUCUUCGGGCUGCAGAUGGAGAAUUAUCAAGGUGAUUUAAACGAUAUAGUUCGGGCAAGUGGUGGUCCGAUGGGGUGUGGCUCUGGUCAUGGUGCCUCAGAUGUUCCUGCUUCGAGCUGGCAGCAAUUCCCAUCCGCCUCCGAUCCAUUGAAUUUUGCAUCGUCAGCCAUGGAAGUUGAUAGAGUGAAGGCCUUCGGUGACCCUUUCUCCACCAUGAGAGAUCCACUUCUUCAUGAGCUUAACGUGGCUGCUGCUGCUGGUUCAAGCUACUUCAGCAGCCCUACUUCAACUGUUGACGACACUUCCAACUUUCCUGGUGCAAGUAACAUGGCUGGUCAUGACAAGAUUUUCGAGGAUGACAUGAGAACUAGUACUCCCUGCAACAUCUUUUCUCGGAUUCAGAUCUCUCCUAGCUCUAGUAAGCUAGCCGUGUCCCCCUGUGAUUCGCCGCCGCUGAUGGCUGCUGCUGGUGGUGUUGGUGUUUCCCCAAGGGGAAUUAAGGCUCCUGCUGUGCUCCCAAGCGAAAUGAUUAAUGCCAACAGCUCCAAAGGUUGCUUGAUCGAUAACACCGGCCCACUGCAGAUCUCAUCUCCGCGGAAUCUGGGUAUCAAGAGAAGGUUAGGAAAGAGCCAGGCGAAGAAGGUGGUUUGUAUUCCAGCACCAGCAGCUGCCAACAGCAGGUCUAGUGGGGAAGUAGUUCCCUCGGAUCUGUGGGCAUGGAGGAAGUAUGGGCAGAAACCCAUCAAAGGUUCUCCUUAUCCAAGGGGCUACUACAGAUGCAGCAGUUCCAAAGGCUGCUCUGCAAGGAAGCAAGUAGAGCGCAGCCGAACUGAUCCCAAUAUGCUGGUUAUAACGUAUACAUCUGAGCACAACCAUCCAUGGCCAACCCAAAGAAAUGCUCUUGCCGGGUCAACAAGGUCUCAGCCAUCCAAAAACAAUGCUUCUUCUUCCAAGAGCUCACCAAGUUCGCAGCCCCUAAGUUCAUUAAACCCCAAGGAUGAGCUCAAAGAGAGCAGCAGUGAUGCUUUAUCUCCAGCGGUUGCUGCUAGCUCAACUGCAAGUGCAUCAGUUAAAGAAGAGUUUGAGGACAUUGAGAAGCAGCUGGAUAUAGAUGAUGCUGAAUUUGGCGAAGGGAUGCCUCAAACAUACAGGCCUGCACUGCCAGACUCCCAGGCGCAAUCUGAGGAUUUCUUUGCUGAUUUGGAUGAGAUAGAGGCUGACCCUCUAAAUCUAUUGUUUCCACAAGGAUUCACUGAAGAAGAGCAGAAGGAAAACAAAGCCAUGGAUCCAUUUAGUCUGUUUGAUUGGUCGUCAGGGGACAACAACGCUUCCUUUUGAGAAGCCAAAAAAGGGGUUUAUAGCAAGACCUUGAAUUCAAAGCAACAAGCAACAAAGUUUCACACUAAAACAUACAUAGAGACUGUUUCUAAGUUAGGUUUGGGAUGCAAAUGGAUGCAAGGUCCUGCUAUAAACCCUUCUUAAAAUUCUCUGGUUUGGAAAUUUGCAUGUGGGGAGGUAGAGAUUUUCGAUCUCUGCCUACCUUUCUACUACAACCUUUUGUUUAUUUUCUUGUUAUUUACCAGAAUAGUCAGAAGAUUAGGAAGGAAAAGAGAGUAAAAGACAGUGCCGCUGGAUUGGGAGCAGACCCCAUGGAGUCCCACAUUCCUUUUGGAAUAUUGGUGGAUGGGACAGAAAGCUGAGGAACAGAAGGUUUCAACAGUUAAAACAAGUACGUCCAUCAGACAUGACUGGAAAACUCAGUGAGCAGAUUGAUUUAGGAUGGGACUUGCCCUUUCAUCUUUUCAAGUGGAAAAAAUUAUUUAAGCUUCACCUCUGUCCAUGUGGGCAUGGGCAAAGGCAAUUCCAUUCUUAUAAAGCCCAAAAAAAAAACAAAACCCCCCAUGAUUUCAUUGCUUUGAUGUGAAGAAAUAAAUGGGGAAAGAUGACAAAAAGACUAUAGUGGUGAAAAAAUCAUUAGAAAAGCUUGACUUUUCUUGUCAAUCUUCUCUUCUCUAGGAAUGUGCCAAGGAAAGAGAGAGAGAGAGAGAUUUAUACUUACACAAGCUUUGGGUUCCUCAGCUUUCUGUUUCUUUUAUUAUCCAUCCAACUUUGUGUCUAAUUUUAUAUUGGAGUAUUUAAUUAUAUCAACAUUUAUUUAA